GAUAGUCGAAUACAGAGAUUAACGGCCACACAAUUUGGCGGGACACUUGCAAAGACUGAAGACUCUUUAAACAGACAGAGAGAUCGAAGGAACCGAAUUUCCGGGCAACUUAAACGAUGUCAGUCCCACAAACCAAACGACACGAAGCGAGGCCAGAGAAAAUUCAGGCAAAGCAAAAAUCCACUUUCCCCGUCGGAUCUCCUUUGCUUUCUUCCCCUCUAUUCCCACAAUUUUCCCUGAGAAAUUCCUGGAAAAUUGGCCUCUGAUCUGUGGAUUUUCUCGUCACUCGGUGGUCACUCAGUUGCAGUUACGCUCAGAAGUAUCGAUUUUUGGGACGGUUUUGGUUUUGGAUGGACCGAAGGAGCUGAGCAUGGGGAAUCUAGAACCUAGUUUCCUGUAAUUGUUGAUCGGAUUUUAAUUUGGAGCUGAAAAUGGGAACUGCAGUAAACAUUAUUGCUGGUUCUCAUGUCUGGGUUGAGGACCCAGCAUUAGCUUGGGUUGAUGGACAUGUGCUGAAAAUUACUGGGACACAAGCUGAGAUCGAGACUAGCAAUGGGAAACAGGUUGUUGCAAAAUUAUCAAAAAUUUAUCCAAAGGAUAUGGAAGCUCCUGCCGGUGGAGUUGAUGACAUGACAAAGCUAUCUUAUUUGCAUGAGCCUGGAGUCUUGGAGAACUUGAGGACUAGAUAUGAACUCAAUGAAAUUUAUACUUACACUGGAAAUAUUCUUAUUGCGAUCAAUCCUUUCCAAAGACUACCUCAUCUUUAUGAUGCUCACAUGAUGCAACAAUACAAGGGAGCAACCUUUGGGGAACUAAGCCCUCAUGUUUUUGCUGUUGCAGAUGUUGCUUACAGGGCAAUGGUUAAUGAAGGAAAAAGUAAUUCAAUUCUAGUAAGUGGUGAAAGUGGAGCAGGUAAAACUGAGACCACAAAAAUGCUUAUGCGGUAUCUGGCCUAUUUGGGUGGCCGGAAAGCUACUGAAGGACGCACAGUUGAACAACAAGUUCUUGAAUCCAAUCCAGUUCUGGAAGCUUUUGGCAAUGCUAAAACUGUUAGAAAUAACAAUUCAAGCCGUUUUGGUAAAUUUGUUGAGAUCCAGUUUGAUAAGCAAGGAAGAAUAUCAGGAGCAGCCAUCAGGACUUACCUUCUUGAGCGAUCUCGUGUUUGCCAGAUUUCCGAUCCUGAACGCAACUACCACUGCUUCUACCUUCUUUGUGCAGCACCACAGGAGGAAGUUGACAAGUAUAAGUUGGGAAACCCCAAAACAUUUCACUAUCUCAAGCAGUCAAAUUGCCAUGAGCUGGUUGGUGUAAGUGACGCUCAUGACUACCUUGCCACUAGGAGAGCUAUGGAUAUUGUUGGAAUAAGUCCCAAGGAGCAGGAAGCAAUAUUCAGGGUUGUUGCUGCAAUUCUUCACCUUGGGAAUAUUGAUUUUGCUAAGGGAAAGGAAAUUGAUUCAUCAGUCCCAAAAGAUGAUAAGUCUAAAUUCCAUCUUAAAACAACAGCAGAACUUCUUAUGUGUGAUCCUAAGGCGUUGGAAGAUGCAUUGUGUAAACGUGUGAUGAUCACACCUGAAGAAGUUAUAAAACGAUGUCUCGAUCCCCAUAGUGCAUCAGUUAGCAGGGAUGGUUUGGCUAAGACAAUUUAUUCUCGAUUAUUUGAUUGGUUAGUCGAUAAAAUCAAUGUAUCAAUUGGCCAAGAUCCAAAUUCGAAAUCUAUCAUUGGAGUCCUUGAUAUCUAUGGUUUUGAAAGCUUUAAGCAUAACAGUUUUGAACAGUUCUGCAUAAAUUUCACAAAUGAAAAGCUGCAGCAACAUUUUAAUCAGCAUGUUUUCAAGAUGGAACAAGAUGAAUACACAAAAGAGGCUAUUAAUUGGAGCUACAUAGAAUUUGUUGACAAUCAAGAUGUGUUGGAUCUCAUUGAAAAGAAACCUGGUGGAAUAAUAACUCUUCUUGAUGAAGCCUGUAUGUUUCCAAAGUCAACACAUGAAACAUUUUCAAACAAGCUUUAUCAGACGUUUAAAGUUCACAAACGCUUUAUAAAGCCAAAACUGUCUCGUACAGAUUUCACAAUUUCACAUUAUGCUGGGGAGGUCCAAUACCAAUCUGACCAAUUUUUGGACAAAAACAAAGACUAUGUUGUUCCUGAACAUCAAGACUUGUUGAGUGCUUCCAAAUGCUCUUUCGUGGCAGGCCUUUUCCCUCACCUCUCUGAUGACAUUGCCAAGUCUUCAAAAUUUUCUUCAAUUGGGUCUCGUUUCAAGCUACAACUACAACAAUUGAUGGAUACCUUAAAUGCUACAGAACCUCACUACAUUAGAUGCGUAAAGCCAAAUAAUCUUCUCAAACCUGCCAUAUUUGAGAAUUCCAACAUCAUGCAACAGUUGCGGUGUGGUGGUGUGUUAGAGGCAAUCAGAAUUAGCUGUGCUGGAUACCCUACUCGUCGACCUUUUUUUGAAUUCAUCAACAGAUUUGGACUUCUUGCACCACAACUUUUGGAAGGGAGCAAUUACGAGGAAAAAUCUGUGUGCCAAAAGAUACUUGAAAUGAAGGGGCUUAAAGGGUUCCAGAUAGGCAAAACAAAGGUUUUUCUUAGAGCUGGCCAGAUGGCUGAACUAGACGCACGCAGAGCAGAAAUUCUUAGUAGUGCAGCAAAAUCUAUUCAACGGCGUAUACGAACUCAUCAAGCUCGCAAACAGCUCAUAGCACUACGAAAUGCUUCUGUUUUUAUUCAGUCAGUGUGGAGAGGUAAACUUGCUGAAAAACUUUAUGAAGGUUUAAGAAGGGAAGCGGCUGCUUUGAAAAUUGAGAAGCACAUACGUAGGUAUGAGGCCAGAAAGGCCUAUAGAAGACUCUAUAAUGCAAUGUUUGUCAUACAAACAGGAUUGCGUGCAAUGGAUGCUCGUAAAAGUUUCAGAUUUAGGAAGCAGACCAAAGCUUCAAUUGUUAUUCAGGCCCAGUGGCGUCGUCACAGAGCUUCCUCGUACUACAAGAAUCUCAGAAGAGGAGCAAUAGUUUCACAAUGUAGGUGGAGGGGUAGAAUUGCCAGGAAAGAACUGCGGAAGCUAAAGAUGGCUGCAAGGGAAACAGGAGCACUAAGAGAAGCAAAGGAUAAGCUUGAAAAACAGGUGGAAGAACUCACGUGGCGUUUCCAGCUGGAAAAACGUUUAAGGACUGAUAUGGAAGAAGCAAAAGCACAAGAGAUAGCAAAAUUGCAGAAUUCUUUGCAAGUUAUGCAAACCAAAAUUGAUGAAACAAAUGCAUUACUCAUCAAGGAACAAGAAGCUGCAAGAAAGGCUAUUGAAGAAGCACCCCCUGUCAUCCAGGAAACCCAAGUUUUUGUUGAGGACACUGAAAAAGUUGAAUCUCUAUCAGCAGAAGUCAAUGGUUUACAGGUCUUGCUGCAGUCAGAAAAGCAAAAAUUUGAAGAUUUGGAAAAGAAAUAUUCUGAAUCUGAAGAAAGGCUUAAAAAUUUGGAAGAAACAGAAAAAAGAGCUCAUCAACUGCAGGAAUCUUUAAGCAGGCUAGAAGAGAAACUCGCCAAUAUAGAAUCAGAGAAUAAGGUCCUUCGUCAACAGGCUGUCUCCAUGGCACCUAAUAAGUUUCUUUCAGGACGCUCUAGAUCUAUUCUUCAGAGGGGAUCUGAAAGCGGUCACUUGCUUGCUGAAACGAAGACUACUUUGGAGCCGCAUAGUCCUUCAUUAAGCCAAAGGGAUUCUUCUGAGGUAGAGGAGAAACCCCAAAAAUCACUUAACGAGAAGCAGCAAGAGAAUCAGGAGCUUCUUAUUCGAUGUAUCACGCAACACCUAGGCUUUGCUGGGAGAAGACCAAUUGCUGCCUGUAUAAUCUACAAAUGCCUUCUCCAGUGGAGAUCUUUUGAAGUUGAACGGACUAGUGUGUUUGACAGAAUCAUUCAGACCAUAGGCCACGCUGUUGAGACCCAGGAUAACAAUGACGUCUUGGCCUAUUGGUUGUCCAAUGCCUCAACACUUCUGUUCCUACUCCAGCGUACACUAAAAGCAAGUGGUGCAGCUGGAAUGGCUCCUCUACGCCGUCGAUCAUCCUCAGGUCUGUUUGGAAGAAUGACACAGAGUUUCCGCGGAGCUCCACCAGGAGUUCAUCUUUCCCUUGUAAAUGGUAGUAUUCCUGGUGGAGUAGAAAAUCUGCGCCAAGUUGAAGCCAAAUACCCAGCUUUGCUUUUCAAGCAGCAGCUCACAGCUUAUGUAGAAAAAAUAUAUGGAAUGAUUCGAGACAAUCUAAAGAAAGAUAUUUCUCCGUUGCUUGGGUUGUGUAUUCAGGCACCAAGAACUUCUAGGGCAAGCUUGGUUAAGGGACCAUCACGUUCAGUUACCAACACAGCAGCGCAGCAAGCACUGAUUGCUCACUGGCAGGGGAUUGUGAAGAGUCUUGGAAAUUUCUUGAUCACACUGAAAUCUAACCAUGUCCCCUCAUUUUUAGUUCGCAAAGUGUUCACGCAGAUAUUUUCAUUCAUCAAUGUUCAACUAUUCAACAGCCUUCUAUUGAGGCGAGAAUGCUGUUCAUUCAGUAAUGGUGAAUAUGUUAAAGCAGGAUUAGCUGAACUGGAACAAUGGUGUUGCACCGCCACAGAUGAGUAUGCAGGUUUAGCUUGGGAUGAGCUCAGGCAUAUCAGACAGGCUAUUGGAUUUUUGGUUUUACAUCAAAAAUCAAAGAAGUCACUGGAUGAAAUAAGCCACGAUCUCUGCCCGGUGCUUAGCAUACAACAGCUAUACCGAAUCAGUACAAUGUACUGGGAUGACAAGUAUGGCACACACAGUGUUUCCUCGGAUGUUAUUUCCAGUAUGAGAGUGUUGAUGACUGAAGAUACAAAUAAUGCAGUUAGCAAUUCUUUUCUGCUGGAUGAUGAUUCAAGCAUUCCAUUUUCAGUGGAUGACAUGUCUAAGUCAAUGGUACAAAUAGAUGUCGCCGACAUCGAACCACCACCUUUAAUUCGUGAGAACACAGGUUUUAGCUUUUUGUUGCCGCUUGCUGAGUAAUCCUUCUCAUUGUCUUACACUGGAUGGCUCGAGUUCAAGUCCUCCUCUGUCAGAUACUACACAUACAAGCUACAACACAGUUUCUUGUCAUUAUACAUUAGUUGGAAAAGGGAAACCAACAAGAAACCAUGUAAGCAUAAUUGUUUUAAAAAAAAAAAACGGUCUAUUUUCUUGUACAACUAGCUGUUUUAAAGCUUUCCUUUUCCCCCUGCCAGCUGCCAGAUGUUUUCUUCUUUUAGUCCUUUCAAAGUUAUUCUUGCAUUACUUAUUUUGAUUUGAGUCUGUACAAAAGAUAACAGUAUCUGUACUUUAACUUUGUAAAAUCUACGACUGUUUUAAGAUCAAUUUUUCUUGCUUUG